AUGACGAAGCGUACAGCCAGCCAACACUCGGCGGAUGAAUCAAUCCGAGAAGUACAAGACGAUCCAUAUGAUGAGCUUGACGACCAGGAAAGAGAUAUAAUCGAAGAAGAAUGGCGCAACAGCAUUCGCAUGAAGGUCGAUCUUCGACUUUGCAGCAUCGCGGGUAUCUUGUGCUCACUCAAUCUGCUCGACAGCGGCGUCAUAUCUAGCGCAUCUGUUACAUCGAUGCUCAGCGAUCUGGAACUGGACGUCGGCAACAGAUACUCCGUCUCUAUCUUCAUCUUCACGAUUGCGAGUAUUGCCUUCCAGCUACCAUCAACAAUUGCUGUUCGGACAUUUGGUCCGCGUAUCUGGUUCGCCUUCAUCACCUUCUGCUUCGGCAUCAUCACACUGUGCACGGCUUUCGUACAAACAUGGCGGCAAAUGAUCGCACUCCGCAUCCUUCUCGGUAUCGCCAUGUCGGGUAUCUACCCAGGCUUGACAUAUCUCAUCUCGACAUGGUAUACGCGGAAAGAGCAACAGCUUCGUUUUGCCUUGAUGCAGAGCGGUGAAGUCAUUGUCUUGGCAACAGGCGGCAUUGUCAACUUUGGGCUCAACCAGCUCGACGGCCAAAUGCUCAAAGGCUGGCAGUGGAUGUUCGUGGUGCAGGGGAGCAUCACCGCGUUCUUUGGUAUCUUGACCUAUUGGUGGAUGGUCGACUUUCCUGAGCACGCGCAGAACUCUUUCUACUUCCUCACGCCCCACGAAAGUGCAUUGGCAUCUUCUCGCAUCCAAAAGGACCGAGGCGAUGUCAAGCCUGACGAUUUCGCCUGGUCCAAAGUCUUCGUUCACGCCAAAGAUGUGAAAGUCUACGGAUUUUGCACCCUUUACUUCCUGCAGAACCUUGUCUCGACGUCACUCUCUUACUUCCUGCCCAUCAUUCUGCAAGGCGGCAUGGGCUUUUCUUCGAACAAAUCGAUCUUACUAUCUGCGCCACCGUACUACUACGCGGUUCUUCCCGCUAUUUUGUCCUCGAUCAUCGGCGACAAGUUUCAAUUGAGAGGGCCAAUCAUAGUUUUCAACUGCGUCUCUCUGAUUAUUGGGUUCUGCAUGCUGGGCUUCUCGGACCAGGUCACAGUGAGGUAUAUCGGCACCUACCUUGCAACCGGUGCAUAUGUGGCAAACUGGGCUGCCAUGGCGACUUAUCAGGCGAAUAACAUCGUCGGGCAGUGGAAGAGGGUCUUCACUGCAGCAAUGGUUACAGCCUUCAACGGGGCAGGAGGCAUUGCCGGAAGCUUCAUUGUGAGACAAUCAGAGAGUCCAAGUUCUGACUAUGCUUACGUAUACCCUGCGCAAUUGGGCAUCAUUCUGCGUCGAAAGGGCUCAGACAAGUGA